AUGUCAACAUGCCACGCGCUCCAAGUCCCAAACACACAAUGGAACUUCUGUCCCUCCGCAGCUGCCUCUAUCCUAUUCCUGGUACUCUUUACCCUCACAACCGUCGCUCAUCUCAUCCAAGCCAUCCAAUACCGAUCAACGUACUGCUGGGUCAUUAUUAUGUCGGCCUUCUGGCAAGUCUUUACCUACAUAUUCCGCACUGUUAGCAUCUACAACCCAGCUAGCUUUGACUACUACGCCACAUGGUUCGUCGUCAUUCUCGUUGCGCCGCUGUGGACCAAUGCAUUUGCCUAUAUGGUGUUCGGACGUAUGGUAUGGUGCUAUACGCCUGAUGGAAGAUUGUAUGGCGUUAAGGCUUGGCAGUUUGGGUUUAUUUUUGUGAUAUUGGAUAUCAUCGCUUUUAUUGUUCAGGUUUAUGGUGCGGCGCAGGCUGCUACUGGAAAGGAUAAGACGCUGGCAGAGAAGCUCGAUGCUCUGCAUGUCUACAUGGGCGGAGUCGGGCUCCAGCUGUUUUUCAUUCUCGUUUUUGCUGUCUUCGGAGUACAUCUUUUCCGCAGGCUUCGCGGAUCGAACUUGGGCUUAGAUUCAGGAACGCAGAAGAGGUCUAUUAUGAUGCUCUUUUAUGCUAUGUUCAUUGCUCUAGCUCUUAUUGUACUGCGAAUCAUCUUCCGUCUUAUAGAAUACUCUCAAGGCCUUGACAGUGACAUUCCGCGUCACGAGGCUUACCAGUAUGCGCUUGACUCUCUACCCAUGCUAAUUGCUUUGGUAGCGUUCAACGUGGUUCAUCCGGCUCGCGUUAUGGGCAGCAAAGAGGCCAGCAUGCCGAAGUUUUGGCAGAGAAACAAAAGGCAUACCGAGAUACAGUUGGGCGAGGUAUCUUGA